UUCUUAAACCUACAUUACUUAACUUGAAGAUGAUCAUAGAAAUCCAAUAAACAAAUCUUUCUGUCAGGACAAGGAAGCCCAUGCAAAUGAUUUGGGCACAUGAACUUCGCCAACACAUCUUUUUCUCCCCCAAGAAAAAUAUGCUCUUUAUUUCGAGUCUUCCCAUAGAAAAAAUUCCUGGAAAAUCUCACCCCUUUUUGUAUAAAUCCACAGAAGCAAACGACACCCAUCAUAGCAUUACACUUCCCGGAGGCGUCAAAGGGAGAUCAAUACGAUGCAGUACAGGCCUCCCCAACGAGAGAGCAGCUUCAUCGUUCAAGUAACCGGUAAUUAUUGUGAAGCUGAUCAUCUUCCGGAUCAAACCAGCUGUACUAGUGUCUCUCCCAAGUUAAUUAACUUUUCUGCAAUGAAGCUCUUUAAUCGUUUCCGUAAGAUUCUCAUGCGCCUGUUGUUUUCACUCCCUUCUCCUGGGUCUUCUUCUUCAUCAGCACCUACCUCCGGAAGUUCGGCUUCGAGGCAAAAGAGCUGUGACAGAUUUGAGCCGCCAAAGACUUCAUGCAGCUCUUAUUACUCCUCUCACUCGCACUACAACGAGGCCAUCGCUGACUGCAUCGAGUUCUUCAACAAGUCGUCGCAGGAUGGGAUUUUGGAUGGUCGUAAAUCCGAUGUUAUGGUUUGAUAUAAUGGAAAUAUAUAUAUAUAUAUAUAUAUAUAUAUCCGUGUUUAAUUAACUGCCAUGUUCCUGUUUCUUCUUUUAUCAGUUCUUUCUUCUCGAUCGUUCUUUCUUUGGUUCUAAAGCACAUAUUCAUACAGAAAAUGCAAAUAUGAUGAGU